CUUCAGUGCAUAGGACUUUGGCUUCUCUGCACUGCAGAACCUCUGACUGCACUCCCUGCUGUCUACCCAACAAUCCACUUCCGAGCGCACCAGUGUUCAGUACCCAGAUUCACAAUGUCACUUUUCAUCCAUAUAUUGGCCUGCCUGUUUGGCAUGGGCUCCUGGGUGUCUAUCAACGGACUAUGGGUAGAGCUGCCUCUCAUCGUUCCCCAGAUCCCCGAGGGUUGGUACCUGCCAUCCUACCUAUCCGUCCUCAUCCAGAUGGCCAACGUGGGGCCCCUGUUCAUCACCCUCAUGCACCGCUUCCGCCCCGGGGCGCUCAACGAGACAGUGGUCAUCUAUGUGAUCAUCUCCCUGGGCAUGGUGGCCAGCUUUCUCCUGGCCUUCUUCUGGAAGGAGACGCUGCUGGUGGCGGGCGUCCCUCGCAGCGUGGCCCUCCUCCUCCUUACCUUCCUCCUCUCCACUGUGGACUGCACCUCCUCUGUCACCUUCCUGCCCUUUAUGAUGCGUCUGAAACCCCAGUACCUCACCACCUACUAUGUAGGGGAGGGUGUCAGUGGCCUGCUACCCGCCCUGGUAGCCCUGAUCCAGGGGGUGGGGGUGGUCCACUGUAACAACUGCACUCUGAUGAUAAAUGACACUGGCUCAGUCAGUCUUAGCUACGAACUUCAGGCUCACUACCAGCCGGCCAACUUCUCAGCUGGGGUGUUCUUCUUCUUCCUCAGUGCCAUGAUGUUGGUGUGCCUGGGAGCCUUCAUCCUUCUGAACUACCACCCUGCCGUGGCCCGGGAACGCCCAAAUGCUCGCUACCCCAACGGGGUCCUGGAGAAAGGCGAGGCAGCUCAGAUGAACCCCACAGAGCAGAAGGCCAUGAUCAAACAGUCUGAUAUCAAGCCCAAAAGCUGCUUUGGGACCGGGACGUACAGCCGGAUACAGGUGCUGUACAUGUUCUUCAUCCUGGCCUGGGUCAACGGACUGACUAACGUUGUGCUUCCCUCAGUGCAGUCCUACUCUUGUCUGCCCUAUGGAAACAGUGCCUACCACUUAUCGGCCACCAUGGCUGCGGUGUCCAACCCUCUAGCCUGCUUCAUUGCCAUGUUUUUCCCAACAAGGUCCUUAUUGCUGUUGGGGGCUCUCACUUUGUUUGGCAGUGGGAUUGGAGCCUACAUUAUAGGCAUGGCAGUGCUGAGUCCAUGUCCUCUGCUGGUCAAUGAAACCUCAGGAACCUUCCUCAUUGUGGGCUCCUGGAUCUUCUUCAUCCUCACUUUGUCCUAUGUUAAGGUGAUCAUUGGUGUUAUCCUCCGUGAUGAGGGCCACAGUGCCCUCGUGUGGUGUGGAGCAGUGGUGCAGUUGGGGUCCUUCAUGGGUGCAGUCACCAUGUUUCCCUUGGUCAGUGUGUAUAGUUUAUUUUUAUCAGGAGACCCAUGUAAUACAAAGUGCCCUUAAAUUAUGCUAAACAACGAUGAACCAGGCAUAUUCUGAGAAACAUAUUUGAUUAAUUCUUCCGAAGCAUGUGUACUUCAUUAGUAAAAAUGCAAUUGAACAACUAACUAGUGAGGUGAACAGAAUUCAACCAACUCGUGGGAGUAAAGUAAGGUAUACCCUAUAUAAGGUUCAGGGUGAUUUACUAUUUGGACAACACCCUCCAAGUAUCUUGUCAUGUGACAUUGGUGCUAUUGAUAAGCUACUGUCAGAGCCUCUUUUCACUUUACACUAGCAGCUUGUGGAUGGUAAAAUUAGGGACUUUUGUCAGUGCAUGCAAAUAAUACCAGGCAGCGAAUAAGCACCUUUUAGAGAGUAGCGCAUACCAGGUAGAUAGAAAGAACAUUCAGCUCUCCGGAAGAUAAAAGCCUAGUGUUUUUGUAGCAUAAAAAAACUGUAGCAUUUUUGUUGAAUAAAUGGACUUGUGAUUA